AUGAAAAAUUAUCCUAAGCACUUGGAUCUUGAGUACUUAGGUCCUGAGCACUUGGGUCCUGGCGAGGUCUUGGAUCCUAAGUACUUGGAUCCUGGCGAGGUCUUGGAUCUUGAGCACUUGGAUCUUGAGCACUUGGAUCUUGAGCACUUGGAUCUUGAGCACUUGGAUCCUGGCGAGGUCUUGGAUCCUGAGCACUUGGAUCUUGAGCACUUGGAUCUUGAGCACUUGGGUCCUGGCGAGGUCUUGGAUCUUGAGCACUUGGAUCUUGAGCACUUGGAUCUUGAGCACUUGGAUCUUGAGCACUUGGAUCCUGGCGAGGUCUUGGAUCCUGAGCACUUGGAUCUUGAGCACUUGGAUCCUGAGCACUUGGGUCCUGGCGAGGUCUUGAUCCUGGAUCCUAAGGAGUUCUUGGAACUUGAGGAGUUCUUGGAUCCUAAGUAG